AUGCAUCGGCCGUUCCUCACCACGGUGCGCCCGUUCCUCAUGCUCCUCACGACGCAGCAGCUCCGGCGCACGGCGGCCCUGCAGCUGCGGCGGCCGGUCGUCGCGACGCGGCCGCCGCGCCGCGGCCUCGCGCUGCACGCCGCGCCGCGCGGCGACCCGCGCAAGGCGGACCAGUGCGAGGCGACGAUCACGGGCUUCGGCCCGCUGGGCGCGAGCGUCGAGGUCGAGCUGCGCGACGGGUCCUUCGAGCGGGGCCUCAUCCUGCAGAGCGAGCUCAAGUACCUGAGGGAGGCGCGGCGCGGCGAGGGCGCGGAGCUCGGCGAGACGCUCGCGGCCUGGGCCGUCGCGAGCCGCGACGACGGCAAGCUCGACGUCUACCUGCGCGCGCCGACGGCCAAGGGCAAGAGCGACGACGCGAAGGCGCUGAUCCUCGAGGCGCUCGAGAUCCACGGCGGCGUCCUGGACGUCGGCGACCGGUCGCCGUCGGAGGACAUCGCCGCCGUGCUGCCGGGCCUGUCGAAGACCGUGUUCAAGAACGCCGUCGGCGCGCUCUUCCGCGAGGGCAAGGUCGCGCCGUCGCGCCGGGAGACGCGCCUCGCGGCCGCGGCGCCCGCGGCCGCGCCGGACGCGGCGGCGCCGGGCAAGAAGUUCCCCGUGCUCUUCGUCGGGAACAUCCCCUUCGACAGCGACUGGACGGACCUCACGCGCGCGCUGGCGAUCGUCGCCGACGCGCCCGUCCGCGGCGGCGGCCUCCGCAGGCGCAACGGCCGGCCCGCGGGCUGCGCGCACGUCGAGUUCGGCUCCGUCGCCGACGCGACGAAGGCGCUCGAGAAGCUCGGCGCCGCGACCUACCGCGGCCGCAAGAUCCGCGUCGAGUGGGCGACGGAUAAGUAG